AUUUUAUGCCAGUUACAACACUGCUGUGGUUAAGUGAAGUGUGUUUGAAAAUAAAUAUAUAGAUAUUAUAACAUUAUAAUGUUCAAUAUUAAAAAAUAACGUUACAAAGCCAGUUAUGAACCAGAAGCCAUGACGAGGACAGGAACGGUUUCUCCGUUUUAUAGACAGUGCUUCGUAACAGCAGCAGUAUGUGGCCACAUUAUUGGUCACGGCUGCGCGCUGGGCUACCCUGCUGUGCUGCUGCCCAAGCUGGAGGCGCCAGGAUCCUCGCUGCCGAUCACUAAGGAGAUGUCAUCGUGGAUCGCUUCAGCGAUGGCCAUCCCCAUGCUGCUGGGGAACUUCAUGUCGCCGCCCAUCAUGGACCGACUCGGGCGCAAGACCGCGCACUACACCGUCGCUGUGCCAGUGCUGGUUGGCUGGAUUGUCAUCAUCAUGGCCACUAGUUUUGAGGCGCUAGUCAUCGGGAGAAUCCUCCACGGCCUAUCCUUUGGCUUAAACCUGCCUCUUCGCUCCGUCCUCAUCGGCGAAUACACCAGCCCUAAGAACAGAGGUGCCUUCCUUACCAUGGUCUCUCUCGCCCAAUCAUUUGGCAUAUUCUUCGUCCACCUAAUCGGAUCAUUAAUAAGUUGGCAGAAGACUGCAUUGAUCUGCAUAUUAUUUUCAUUCGCAAGCCUUAUCAUGACUAUUUAUUCGCCAGAAUCACCAAGUUAUUUAGCUGCUAGAGGGAAGUAUGAUGACUGUAGAGAAGUCUUCAGAUGGCUUAGAGGUGAUGAGGAAGACGACGAAUUGGACAGUAUGAUUCAAGCUAGACAGGAUAUUAAGGCUAAUGGAGUUACAAGAAGAAAAGGCGCGAAAGAAAUGCUAGUUACAAUAAAGAAAAAAGAGUUUUACAAGCCAAUUCUGCUUAUGGUCCACGCGUAUGCUAUGGUGGAAUUCGCUGGAGGCACAACCAUGGCAUCUUAUUCAACAGUUAUCAUAGGAUUAAUCCUUGGCCCUAAUGCUAAUGUUAACUUCUGGAUGAUAGCUUUGGAUGGGCAGAGGAUCAUAUCGAAUACAGCUGCUGUGUACGUCAUAAACAGAAGCAAGAGAAGAGUUAUGAUGUUUUCUAUAGGAACUUUGAGUGCUGUAACGCAUUUGGUGAUAGCUGGUUAUGUCUACGGGAAAGCAGGUGGGAUGUUAUCGUAUGAUGCACUAUGGAUCCCAGUGCUUUUGAUAAAUUUGCACAUAUUUACUGUUGCUACUGGGAUGGUGCCUCUACCAAGCGUCAUAGCUGGAGAAGUGUUUCCUUUAGAAUACAGAAGUAUUGGUGGAAGCAUCAGCAUUAUAUCGGUUGCAACUGUGUCUUUUUUAGUUCUAAAAACAUUCCCAGCUUUGAUAGAUAGUUUAGGUCUAUCAGGAACCUAUGUUUUAUACUCGGGUAUGAUAGCAUAUUUUCUGAUAGUCAUGUGGUUUUUGUUACCAGAGACAAAAGGCAGGACUUUGCAGGAAAUAGAAGACGAAUAUAAAGGUGUUAGGAAGGACAAUGACAGAGAGGUGAUGAAACCUCUGUCUGAUGAUGAUAAGCUAUCAAAAGAGUGACUUGGAUCGUGAUAUCUGUGAUAACUGUGAUACUUAUGUUGUGGAUUUAUGUUUGAUUUGUUUAAUAAAUUAUUUACAUACU